AUGGAGAGUGGAUAUAGGAGUGCUCAAGGAUUAAAAACAUUAAAGGUGUUGAAUAUGGACAGGGAACUGAUUCCAUACCAUACAGAAGAGGAAAUAGAAUGGAAUCUUAAUUUUUUGAAGACAAAGCUUGAUAGUCCUUUUGUAGAAACAGAUACAAAUCUUUAUGGUUCCAUAAGAGAAUCCUUGGAGAGUGAACCAUGUGGAAAUAUGAGAUGUGAUAUGCCAGUUUCAAUUACCUUCAAGUGUGAUGAGAUCGUGGCGCACUUUGAUGAUUCAGAUAUUUCAAGGAAUAAUAAGAAUAUUUUUCACAAUAAAACAUGGAAAGAGGAUGAAACUGAACUGGUAAAAAAAACUGAAUGUAUUCUAAACAUAUAUGGUGAGAUACAGAGCAACCCAGCAUUCAAAACCACACCUGAAAAUCUCCCUCCUGUCCUUCAAAAUCGUAAAACAGCUACUUUGGUUCUCAAAACUCUAAAAAAAGACAAAAAUAUGCCUGCCCUUGUAUUUGAGUGGAAUCAGGCAGGUUACAAUGAUGUUCCCACUGCUUUGGGUUCUCAAAAUGGCAUUGCAGGCCAAAACAAAGGUGCAAUUGUCAAAAAUCUUAUGGCAAAUGGUGCAGGAAACUAUAAUAAUGUCGUAUUUACAUUCCCAAAUGGCACUGCCAUUGGAGCAUGGCACAAUCCUUCCUUUUUAUUUGCUAAAGGGCAAUCAAUCAACCAGGCAUUCCAAAUGUCUGCACUUCAGUCACCAGAAUUAACCAGAUUAUUAUUGAAUGUGAUGAAUGUGACACAUGCACACCCUCAACAUUUGAUAUUGAGAACUUUUCAUAUUGUUUUGGCUUUUGAUUUCAAACAUAUUAAUAAAGACAAGAUAUCAUCAUCAGGUCUCAUUCCUUAUUUACAUAAAUUACAUUCAACUCAAGGUUGUGUAGUAAAGUCUGGAGGACCACUUUUUGGGAAUACUAUUUCUGUGACAGAUCCUCUGAUUAUAAAAUCAACAUUAUCAAUAGGUGAUAGACCUAAUUUUUUGUUCAAAUUUUUGGAACCAAUGUUUGGGCAAGAUAAUUUACAAAUAUUUGAAGCUGAUAGAGCUGCCAAAUUUUAUAAGCCACAAGAUCUUGAUUUAAAAGCAUUCAAAAAAGGAUAUGAUAUUGUAUUAGGUGGUUUAUUUGAUAAACAAAUUGGUAUGCUGGAAGCACCACGUGAAGAAGAAGUUCAAAAUUCUAUUAAUUAUUUACAAGAAACUUUAAGGAAUCUAAUUUCUAUAAGAAAAGAAAAGAUCAAUGUUGAUGGUGAGGAUAUAUUGGUGAAAGAUAUGCUUGAUAUAAAUAUGUUUAUUAGUGUGUUUGUUGUUGCUGGAUAUCAUUCAACUGGUAUAGCAAUUUCUUGGACUAUAUUUGAAUUAACACAAAAUCUUGAAAUUCAAAAAAAACUUCAAAAAGAAAUUGAUCAAGUGUUAAAAUGUCAUUUGCCCACAUUUGAAGAUUUAUCAAAAAUGGAUUACUUGACUCAAGUUGUUAAAGAAUCUUUGAGAGUUCAUCCACCUGGAGCAUUUUGUGCACGUUUCUUAAAAUCAGAUAUGAAUGUUGAAAAAAAUACAACAACAACAAAAUCUUCAUUGUCAUCUUCAACAAUUGAACCUCACAAGAUUGAUAAUAGCCUUUUGUUAAAAUCAAAUACAACUAUCUUAUAUCCAAUUCCAUUGUUGCAUGAAAACCCAAAUUUUUUUGAAAAUCCAUUGGAAUUCAAACCAUCAAGAUUUGCCACCACCACCAACACCAUUAAACCAUCAACUUAUUGUCCAUUUGGCUUUGGUGCUAGAAUUUGUCCAGCUGAAAGACUUGCAUUGUUAGAUGUCAAAAUGAUGAUUUGUCUUAUUUUCCAAAAAUUCAAUGUUGAAUUAGCAAUGAACUUAAAUGAUGUUCAGAAAGAAGAAAAAUUUGCUAUUAUGGCUAAAAAUGAUAUAUUGGUAAAAUUAACUUUAAGGAAUAAAUAA